CUGAGGUUUUCUGUGGAAAUAUCGAACACUUUCUCAUCAACGGUAACUCCAUCGAGGCCAGAAUCGGUGCAGCACAGUAUUCCACAUUGCAGCUCAACACGGAGAGAACCGCGCUUAACACAGUAUUUAGGUGAACGUUUCAUCUUGUCGUGCACAUCAAAGGGAAUCGCGAUUGACAAGACCGGCACCGUACCACUAUGUUCAUCAUGCUGGAUUUGGAGACGCUUACCGAGCAACUAUUCACCACAGUAUAUUAACGAACUGCUGUGUGAUACAGCGGAUGCCACCUGUCUGAGCGGAUACGCCUCAUGUGCUGUUGGUCAUCACGCUAUCGAAGUGAUACGGAAUGAUAACGGUACAAUGACAACCGUAGUACUCAGUGCCGGCUCAUAUUGUGAAUGUAGAGCAGCGGUAAGUCUAUGGAUUACACCGAUAGACUGUAUCAGCAAACACACCACCAUAGUCAGUACUACUGAUUUUGCUCUCAGACUUACUAAUUUAGCCUUUCGUCUCAUAUAA